UUGUCUUACACACGUAUAGGAUAGUCACUGUCACGCGGGGAGUAUGAAACAUUGUUUGACAUUCUAAUACAACAUUUAAAUGGUCAAUUAAAACUUUUUGUAUCUCAUUCUCAAACGUGAUUUAAAAGUAGCAGGAACGUUGUCAGACAAAAGGAUGGACAACCUGACGAGAAUGUGCAUAAUGAGCCUGGUUAUUUAUAUAACUGUUUACCCUCGCACCUAUGCUGGGACAAUAUCCGUCAUACAUAAACGUUCUGUAGAAGGACUCAAAGAACCAGAAAAUACCAGAGAAGGUUUGUCUGAUGCUAGUCCAGGAGGACAGGGUACCGUUUUGCUACCUCAGAUAAACACGUUCCAAUUCUUUCUUCCAUUUUGGUGGCAUUACCUGAGACCAAUGUUAAAUGUCUUUACGACAAAUACAAACUUUAGACAAACGCUUCAGAAGGAAUACGAAUACGACACUGAAAAGGGAUUUGUGAAUGAACUUGACCCAUUUACGUUUAAGACAGAAUACGGGUCUAGUUUUGGACAAACUGAAGGAAUCGAAGCUGAAACUGCUGAAAAUAAUUUAGAUACUGAAAAUAUGAUGGAAUCUGACAUCCUCAUACCUUUCGGUCUAGUACCUGAAACAAAUGAACGACAUAUAGAAGAUGAUACUGCCGGUAAUGCCGCAAUAAUUUUACACAACUUUAGCAGUGAAAGUAAAAAUAAUGGUGUAAAUCAUGACAUGGAACAAUCCAAGGAAGAACAGAGGCGGUUUGCUCUAACGGGUAAUAUUGUUGGUUCGUUUACCCAGUCGUUAAUGGAGUUAAUGCCCUCACUGCGGGAAACAGCAGAGCAUGAGAAUCACUCUAGUGUGAAAACAAAUGACGAAAAUGAAAUUAACAGUCUUGUUAGAUGGGAACAAAACGAACGUGGCCCGCUUGAAAUGAAAGAAGCCAGCCCAAGUUUUGAAGGCGAAAGAGUUAAUAUUGCUUCAAUGUUGAUUACUAAUCCCAUGCAAAUCAGUAUUAAUGACCGGAUUAGGCAAGAAGAAGACAUUGGAGACCAGGGCGACAGACAGGGCGACAGAAGUAUAGGUUCUCUAGGAGGUGGAUUUACAAGUGAAAAUAAACAGGGUGAACCCAGCGAUCUGUUUGCAGGUGAAAAAUUCGCACCUAUUGAGCUCGAUAACUCUGACAGUAUUGCCGACUCUAUUUCGGGUCAAACAUUUACGCUACAUUUUUUCUCACCAAAUUCGCAUCUACAAAAUGAUCAAGACUCGAACACGUGAACUCAAGAGACUGUCAGAAUACUUGAAUGUAUCAAGAUAAAAAGACGAACUUGAUGGUAAUGAUUAUACUAAUUUAUCUGGAGAUUCGCGCAAAUAAUAUAUUUGAACAUGUUUCAUAUAAAACAUAAAAAAUCA